AUGAGAGAACAAAAUUUAAAUUAUAUUUCUGAGACCGAUGAGAUCAGGAAACCAAAUUGCUGCAAUAAAAUUAAAGAAAAAGGCAGCGGUAGAAAUGCUCAGAAUUGGAGAAAUAAAAAUAGGAUGGGAAAUAUGCAAAAUAGGGAAAAAACGAUACUACAAAGAUGUUUUAAGUGCCUUGGAUAUGAGCAUCGAAUAGAAGAAUACCAAGGAGAAGACAAAAUCGAUAUUUGUAUCAAAUUCGCAAAAAUAGGACAUAAAGUAAGAGACUGCACAAAUCCUCCCCACUGUACGCAUUGCAAGGAAGAUAGACAUAUAGCUGACCAAAUGAAAUGCCCUUGCUUUAAUAAAUUAAUAAGAUGA